UUCUUCUUUAAACGCACUCAUGCGAAACUGACUGUAAUGUUUUUGGGGGGUUGCCGUUUUCUGUUAAAUUCUUAUCCAUCUUAUAUUAGAAUUUCUUCGGCAUAUUUUCACAUUUUAUAUAAACGCACACUAAUCUGAUUAUGGGUGGCCACGGGGUGAUGUCAGAUGAGGUGUCUCUGGAUUAUUCGGUUCAUGAAGCCUGGAACGAGGCCACUAAUGUUUACCUGCUGGUCAUUCUGGUCAGUUUCGCCCUGCUGAUGUACGCCAGAAAAAACAAGCGGAAGAUAAUGCGGAUCUUCACUCUUCCUCCAGCAGCGAGCAGCUCCUCGGAGCACAACUUCUACGACAGUCUGCAGAAGGUCCGGCUCAGACAGCAGCUGGAGAUGUACUCACUCGCUCGUAAAUAUGAGCAGCAGCAGCAGCAGCAGUCAGACAGUGUGCAGCUGUCGAUGGAGUGAUCUGACCAGAGGAGGCGCUCUUCACACACUAAUGCUCACUUCAUACCUCUCAGUCAUUCAGAAGUGCUGUUUUUAUCACCUUGUGAUAUGAUUUUCCUUUAAGAGCAUCGAUGGACUGUGAAACAGACUGCUCUCUGGUGUUGGAAGUGAAAUAGGAUGUAUAAUAUUUCAGUGUUUCAUAUGAGUGACAAACACAUUGUGUGCCAUAAGGUUGAUCACUGUUUGGGAUCUGCAUCCAAACACUUUACCUGUCCUCAAAAACAUUGUUGCAAAAUUCUAUUUAAGCUUUUGAAAGUGAAGAUGUUGAGAAUACCAUACUCUGAUUCUAGGUACCUUUUUUCAGAUGUCUCAUAUUGCCCUCUAGUGCUAGAUGACAUGCAUGUCAGUUGUUAUAGGCUGUAAAAUAUGAACCUGCUUAAAAUAAAGAUGUUAAUAUUAAAAACA